GCUUCAAACUGGUUGGCAGUUCGAUACUUGGGUUUACGUCAAAAUCAAAAGUUUUACUAAGAAAAAGCAGCAUCUUUGACGUUCCAGUAGGUUGGGUUAAGACUGCGACAAGACACCUUGAGAGUUUACAAAUUUAUUUGUCUGGUAAACGGAUACUAAAGUUAUACUAGUAGUAAAAAAAAUUAAGACCAAAUGCGAAGUUUGAAUAUGAAUUUGGUAAUGCAGGCUUGUUGAUUCCAUUAGCAUUAUAAUAUAUAUCUAGAUCUGACCUUACCUUAUGGCAAAUGAGAAAACCAAAAGUAGGUUGAAUAUAUUUAUCUAGUAUUUGAUAUCAUCGUCAAACUGUUUGCUAAAACAUCUGAAAGAAUCGGUAUGGAAGUGCCAACAAGACCCAGCAUUGAUAUCAGUGGGAGAUGGACGACUGCUUGGGCUUCAAGAAAGAGCUUAAAAACUUUCACAAUAGCAGCCUUAUUUGCGGUUGCAUUCUCUCUUUUCUUGCUUAGUGGAAAGCAAAGGACUAUUGGUCAAGCCAAUGGUUGUGAUUUUCCUGCCAUAUUCAACUUUGGUGAUUCCAAUUCUGACAAGGGCGGAAAGUCUGCUGCAUUCCACCGAAUUCCUUUGCCUAAUGGCAAUAGUUUCUUCCAGAAGCCAGCUGGGAGAUGCUGCAAUGGCAAAGUGAUUAUUGAUUUCAUAGGUGUGAAUUCAGACAUCAAGAGGAAGCUUCCACGACCAGAGGACUUCUCACAAGCACUGUACAUAUUUGAGGUUGGGCAGAAUGAUCUUGAUGGUGCAUUUAAGUCAAUGACAGAGAAACAGGUUGUGGAAUCUAUUCCUGGAAUUAUUAGCCAAUUUGCUCAGGCUGUAAAGCGACUACAUCAACAAGGAGCAGGAACAUUCUGGAUACACAACACAGGUCCAAUAGGCUGUCUACCCUUCCAGGUUCUAGAAUAUCCUCCGCAAACUGACAAUGUGGAUCAAAAUGGUUGCAUAAGGUCUCGUAAUGAGGUUGCUCAAGAAUUUAACAGACAGCUUAAAGAGAGAGUUAUCCAACUUAGGAUGCAAUUCCCAGAUGCAGCAAUGACUUAUGUUGACAUUUACUCAGCAAAAUAUUCAUUAAUUUCUGAUGCAAAGAAGCAUGGAUUUGCAAAUGCGCUUAGAUAUUGCUGUGGGCAUUAUCGGGAUAACCUGUGCUGGAGGAAGAAAGUAGUGAAUGGUACUGAAAUUUUGGGGACUUCAUGCCGCAAUACUUCAGCUUAUAUAAGUUGGGAUGGCAUUCAUUAUUCCCACGCUGCAAAUCUGUGGGUAGCUAACAAGGUUCUUGAUGGAUUGCUUUCAGACCCUCCAACUCCCAUUACCGAAGCAUGCCUCAUGCCUCUUCAUUUGUAAUUCUAAGACCAAUUCAGCACUCUGUAACUGUUCAUAGUUGUGUUGUAAUUUUUUCUUUCCCUCUUUCCAUCUGUUUAUUAAGAUCACCUUUAGAAGUACCAUUAAACAAUUUCGGAAGUCUAUGUUAUAGCUAAAAAAAUUUAUAAAUCUGGCUGAUUUUAUUGUGUUAUGAUUCGGAGCGUCUAUGCACCCAAGAUCAGCUCUUUUUAAUUACAGAUGUCAUCAUUACACAUUAGGCUAAACUUGAAGUAGAGCAAGAUAUCAUUGUAUAGAAGACUAAGUAAUCUAUUCUAGAUAAAAAGUGCUGUUCAAAAUCCAGUCUAUCAUACGACCAUUG